UACCUUUCUCAAUUGCAUCUAAAUUCCUUAAAUCGUUGAGUCGCCUCAGUCUCAGGCGCGGUUUCUGCUGGAAAUUACAGCUUCUAACGGAGUGGGUUGUGAUAGACUUUUAGUGGCCCUCCUCCCCCCUUUAGGGAUUCCACUUCAGUGACUUGUUCGCAAUCCUCCCACUUUGGGAAACUCCCACAUUCCUCCCUUUUCGCAACCGAUAGGACCGCUGUAUGUAGCGUCCCUACCCCCGAUCAGCAGAGAAUUCCAUAUCCCCCUCGUCCCCGCUUCAUCGGUACUCCCAUUCCUCUGACGGCAGCUGUGACGACCGCUGCGGGGUGUGCUCUGAACGACCGCCUCGAUAGCAGACAUGCCCUGGCGGCCCUUAUCUCGAAUCGCUUUUGCCGUUGCCAUAUACCCAUUUCAACCCUCGACCCCGGCCGAUUUACCGUUGGAGCUCGGUGAUGAGUUAUACAUAAUAGAACAAGGAGGAGCCAAUGGGGAGUGGUGUCGGGGUUACCUCGUGGCUCCGCCGUCAUUGUUAGCAGGCUUAACAAGCACAAAAGGACAGACUCUAGAAGCGAGGGUCUUUUCAGGCAUUUUCCCUCGCAAUUGUGUCGAGAUUCGAGAGGUUCUUGGCGAUGCAGACGGGCAGCGAACUCUGACAAAUGGAGAUAGGAGGAGUGUCGGGCAAGGGGAUGGCCUCGAGGGCGAUGUCAGAAAUAGUUUGUCCUCCCUGCAUGAUGAUGAGUUCAUGACUGGGGAGGUAUCGGACGUGGUGAUUGCGAAAAAAGGGAAACCCUCUCAAAUUUUCAUUCACAAGCUGGAAGAUGAUCAACAGAGUCCACGCACACCAUAUAGUAACACAUUGAAGUCACCGUCCAUGCCACACACACCCAUCGCCAUGACUCCCAGAGACCCCCACGGCCCCAAGCCUGCGGCUCCUGUACCUAUGCUUAAGAUCGGAGAUGAAACGCCAACAUCGCUGUCAGAACCUUUAGUGGAUGAGAUUGCCUCGUGCUUGCGCGAAUGGCAUUCGACGAACCUUCACCAACUUUUGCUUAGCCGGCAGUAUGACGUCGUGGAGGAGAUGUCGGCCAUUGUCCAAGAGCUCGAUUUUGCCAGGAGACAGCUUCUUUAUAAUGUACUCACCGCGCAGGAGAAGGAGGGGCUGCGACAAGAGGUGGUUUGGAAACUAGUCCGUGCAAAUAAAAUGUUAAGCGGAGACAUUAUCGUCAGGGAUCCUGAACAACGGGGUCGUUUAUUGACCGGCGAUGAUUCCGCUAUUCAGUUAACAAAGCUUCAAUCCGAGAUGAGCAUGCUAGAAAGCAGUCCUACAAAUCCAUCCGACGCCGCAGCGAUUCACCACCUACUCCUUGAAGUCAACGCUGUUUCGGGCAAUUCUCCCGGUCCUGUAACGAUUGCCAUCACCUUAUGCUCUGAAUCGGAGACCGGUGGACUCAACCCUUUGUCAGAAACAUACAUUUUGGAUAUCCCAUCCCCCGAGAAGUUUGCGAGUAUGGGGCAGAGCAGCAAGCUCAAGACUCUUUUCACCGAAUUGUGCGCCACGGAUAUUGGCGAUGGCUCAGCGAACGGCCCCAAAUUAUACCUGGUUGUUGCAGUCCGAGCGCCAGAGACUACCUCGACAAGCGUCGCAUCACAACCAAGGUCGUCAGUUUCUCGAGAAGGCUCCUCUGCUUCUAAAACAUCAACAGGGGGUAAUCAACCUAGCAAAAGUGGCUUGAAGACCCGUCGCAGCAUGAUGUGGACGUCGAAACCACGUGGCAUUCCAAGUGCCGAGCAGGGCAAAGAAAAUUCGAAAGGUCCGCCCCGAACUGCGGAGAGCUCGUCCAGCAACAGCAAAGAACGAGCUAAUAGCCAGCCGACGAAGGAAACUACUCAUAUCCGCACCAUAGGCGUAGGUAUCCUAGAGGUCUCGCAAAUAAUUCGCCAAGACAAGGAUGCUGAACAAGUCAUAAACAUCUGGUCUUCGUCAGAAGAGAACGAAGAUGGAGAUGAGCAUGCCGAUGGAUUUGAUGAACUAAUCCGCACAUUGAUUCCCAGUCCCAGUGGGAAGUAUGUGAGAUCCCCACAGGCCGCUCGGCUUCACCUACACCUGUAUCCCUUUGUGAGCGCCGACUCGGACGUUUUAGUGCGGAAGAACCCCACUAUCAUGCAUAACGUCGUUCAGACAAGGAGAAUUGGAUUCUCCCAGGCUCCGACGAAACCUAGAUCCGAUAUCUAUGUAACCAUCUCCCAUGCUACGUUCCCCCCUGAGGCACUUCUUUCCCAUCCUCAAGCAGGCCAGGUUCCUGUACCGGCAGAUUCAGGACUCCAUAAUCUUCAAUUGACCCUCGAAGUACGCGCAUCGUCGGGAGCGCGGAUAGACCGAUGUGUUUUCCCCUCGUCUAACAAUACAGCGCAUACAGCUUGGCGAACCACGAUAGCCGCGCGAGGUGUCCCUUGGAAUCAAACCAUUCGUCUUAACAUCCCUACGGACCAGAUCCCAGGGUCCCAUUUGAUUAUGAGUAUUGCAAAUGCGCCUGAGUUUCCAUUUGCUCUCGCUUGGAUGCCCCUGUGGGAUAAUCAGGCUUUCAUGCGAGACGGUCCCCACUCUUUGUUAUUACAUGCCUACGACAAGUCAACUUCCAGCAUCGAAAAUGGAAAGGGGGCCUAUCUCUCACUCCCAUGGAGCUCGCUAGGCAAGAAUGAGUCUGCCAAGGAUGAAGCAAUCACCGGUCCUUUAGCUACCUUACGCUUGGAGACCCACCUAUGUAGCACGGAGUACUCCCAAGACCAAGUGAUUCUAAGCCUGCUGAACUGGCGUGAACGCCCAGUAGGCGAAGUAUUGGACACGCUGAAGAGGGUCAUUUUCGUGCCAGAAAUUGAGAUCGUCAAGCAACUCAGUAGUGUCUUCGACGCGUUGUUCGGGAUCUUGGUGGAAAACGCUGGAAACGAGGAAUAUGAAGACCUGAUCUUUAAUGACCUGGUCACGGUUCUCGGUAUUGUCCAUGACCGACGAUUCAACCUUGGUCCAUUGGUAGAUCAUUAUGCCGAAAACCAGUUUAACUUCCCGUUUGCCACUCCAUGCCUCAUUCGAAGCUAUCAACGUCUGCUGCAAGGUGGCUCUGAUGGUCAGCAGUCUCGUAGCCUUCGUGCCACAUUCAAAGUGGGACGACACGUCCUCAAGUUCAUAAUCAAUGCUCGACAGCAGCAGAAGGUGAAAGAGGAGGGCAUUGGGAUCACCCGUGUUCAGUCAACGUUCAACCGUGACCUGCACAUGAUGUUCAAAUCCUUAGAGGCUCUUAUGAAGAACCCUUCGCCCACCAUGGUCGGAAGCAAGACCCUUGUUGUCCAGCAUUUCCACACAUGGCUGCCGGAAUUAACAAAAGUGCUUCCAAGGGACGAAAUAAUCAUGAUAGCUCUCAGCUUUAUGGACUCGUGCAAGGAUGUUAAGGGUAUGCUAAUCCUUUAUAAGCUAGUGCUGAUACAACACUAUACACGCUUGGAGAUAUUCAGUUCCGGGCCUGAAAGGAAAAGCUUGGUGUCCAGUUGUAAUGGCUGGCUGGCACCGUACUGGGGUGCAAUAGGGCCUGUUUCCGAUUUGUACCGUGACCAAGUUCGGUUGAGUUGUGCAAUAGUCGCGGAGCUAGCGAGGGAGCCUGACCCAUACGUGUACGACUUCAUGCCCAAGAUCGUCUCUUCAUAUUACGCCAUCAUACCAGACGGCGUGGAAAAUACCAGUUAUCUAUCUCUGCUCUUCAGCAAAUCCUUCCCAUUCCAGGUGAAACCGUCCAAGCAGACUCAAAAGUUUGAUGAGGCUUUGGUGGAGCUGUCUGCGGUAAUGGCUGCUACAGCGGCAAUACCUAACCCUAAGCGACCACGGCUGAAGGGCCUAGAGCUUGCUACCUUCCUCUCUCAGGCUUUCGAAGUCCAUACCUCAAUCUUAAAUUGCGAGGCGUACCCUGAAAGCUGGCUCAGCGUCCAUGUGUACAACCACCGUGCAACGGUGAAAAGCCUCGAGUAUCUUGCUUCGAUUCUGACCGCCAAAUUUCUACCGACGCCGGAAGAUGCAGAGUCCUUUGAUACAAGACUAUGGGAAAAUUAUUUCAUGACUCUACUGAAGGUUGUUUCAAGUGAUGUCCUAGCCCUCGAGACCUUCCCGGAACAGAAACGACGCGCCAUUUGGAAGAUCGCUGGCGAUGUCCGUGAGCAAGGCGCAGAGUUAUUACAUUCCAGCUGGGAAUCUAUAGGCUGGGAUACCACAGACGAAGAGAGAGAGCAGUAUGGGUUGAAAAAGCUUGGAGGGUAUCAAGUUCAGUAUGUCCCUGGUCUCGUGGCCCCAAUUAUUGAACUAUGCCUCAGUGUACACGAAGGUUUGCGGCAUGUUGCGGUCGAAAUUCUGCGGACGAUGAUUCUCAGCGAAUGGAGCCUGAACCAGGAUCUGACCAUCAUCGAGACAGAGAUCAUUUCUAGCUUGGAUAAUCUCUUCAAAACGAAGAAUAUGAACGAAGGCGUCGUCCAAAAGCUCUUCAUUGCUGAGCUGACAGAGCAUUUCGAGAGUUGUUCCUCUUUUGAUGAAAAUCUCUCAAAUGCGGUCAAAGCACUUAUAGCAACUGUAGAUGAGCUUCUUGAUCUAUUCGUGGCAUCGCAGAGUAGCUCUAUGGCUGAGAGCUUGCAUUCUCUCAGGCUGAUGGAGUAUAUGAAAGACAUGGGCCGGGAAGAUAUUUUCAUUCGCUAUGUUCACGAGCUGGCUCAGCUCCAAGCCGCAGCAGGUAACUUUACUGAAGCUGGGCUUGCGCUUCAGUUUCAUGCCGAUCUUUACGAAUGGGACCCAAGGCGACCCCUUCCCGAGAUCCUCAACCCUCCCUUCCCAGAACAGACAUCAUUUGAGAGAAAGGAGUCCCUGUACUUCUCAAUCAUCCAAUAUUUUGAAGAUGCCAAAUCCUGGGCGCAUGCACUUGUCUGCUACAAAGAGCUGGCUCAGCAAUAUGAAGAUACAAUCAUGGAUUUCGCCAAGCUCUCGCGCGCACAGAGCUCCAUGGCCAAAAUCUACGAGAUCAUUGCAAAAGAGGAGAAGCAAUUUCCGCGUUACUUCCGGGUCCUUUACAAGGGACUUGGUUUCCCAUCAACCCUACGGGAUAAAGAAUUCGUCUUUGAAUGCUCACCAACCGAGCGUAAGGCCUCAUUUGUUGACCGUAUGCAAAGAGAGCAUCCAGCUGCGCAGAUUGUGUCGUCGGGGGAACCUCACGACUAUGAGGGCCAGUUCUUACACAUUAGUCCUGUCAGUGUUCACCGUGAUAUGGCCCAUCCUGUCUAUCAACGAUCCAAAGUCCCGUCGUCCGUAAGGGAUCACCUCUUGGUUUCCGAGCCUUGCCGCUUCAGUUCGACAUUGAAACGGCACAUCCAAGGUGCGGAUGUACGGGAGCAAUGGGUAGAGAAGACGCUAUAUACAACUGCGGAGCCAUUCCCUAAUAUCCUUCGGAGAAGUGAAGUAGUUGCAGUCGAGGAGCUAGUCCUUACCCCCAUGCAAACUGCUCUUGAACGGACUUGGCGCAAGACCCAAGAACUAACAUUACUUCAAAGACGGGCGGCAUCUGGUGAAGAUAUGAGCUUGUCGAAUCUGACUGAGGCGUUAGAGCAGUUGUUAGAGCUUAACACGUCUUCAGCGGGUUGUGUGGCCCUCUACCGACAGUUCUUGUCAGAUCCACAAAGUGAUAGUGAACAUGGGGACACACCAACUCCGGUUGAUCCUAUGAACCAAGCUCUAGCUGUCGCUCUAAUUGAUCACGCCUUGGCAAUCAAGCAAGCUCUCGCCCUCUUCUACCGUCCAGCUCACCAAGCUACGCAAGCUGAAUUGGUACGCCGCUUCGAAGAGGCAUUUGCCCCGGAACUCGCCUCUCUUAGUCCUGGUGUACACGAGACACCCCAGUCAGCUCCUCGUCAGUCUCCUCGCUCUUUACAAGAUCGUAAACAGCAGUCACUUCCGCGGUCCAGUAGUCCGGAACAUGAAUUGAUCCGCUCUUCCCGACAAAGUCACACUCGCAAGCAUUCCCAGAAGCCCUCAGUCAGUCACCGAAUCAGUAUAAUGAACCCCUUCAGGCGUGCCAAUCAUGCGGCGAGCGGCUCGAUGACCGCCGGCAAUGGAGAAACGAGGUCGCAGCUGGAUGGCAAGGAUAAUGGGAUACUUGAAAAUGGCCGAGUCGAAGAAAUAGACCGUGAGGAUGCAGCAACGAUCAACAGCCGGACCACCAGUCAUUCACGGGAUACUCAACAUAAACGAAGGAGCUUCUUUGGAGAGAAGCUACACAAGCAUACCUCAUCAUUAUCAAUCACGGGAGGCCCUGUACCGGAAGGCACACAAGCGCAGAUCGACCAACGAUCAAAAAGCGCUUCUCAAGACGCCGCCGCAAAAUCACAGAAGUCGCAUGAGAGCCUUAGUCGAGCAAGUUCUCAAAACAAAGGAUUUGCUGAGAACGACCGGCCAUCAGCCGUCAGUCCCAAAUCUGGAUGGUCCACGAUUCCUUCUAUUAGCGACUAUCCUCGGCCAGUAACACAGAGCAGCAGGACCUCACUCAAAAGCCCCGACCUGUGUAGCCCGACUUUUCCUCAGCAGAACCACUUUCAUCCCGGGGGCGUUCGCGACUCGGUAAAGAAAAGAUUCAGCCUACUGAAGGGUGUCGGGCGAAAGAACAGCCGCCUUGAUUUUAGGACUGACACACAUGGCAUGACAGUCCGCGAAGAGUAGCAGCAUCACUUGCCUCGGCCUAUUUCUUCUUUUCCUCCUUUUUUGUCGCAUUUUAUUUUGUUUUAAUGUCUGGACUUUCUAUCAUCGCUCCUCAUUUAUCCUCGUUCUCAUUGUUGAUUGAAGCAUUUUAUUUGCAUCACAGCGUAACUUUACUUUGCUACUCCUUCUUGCAGGCUUUCCUCUUCAUCAAUUCUUUUUUUUUUAACUCUUCUCUCUUUUUCCCCCUACUACAGUAUGUACCAGAUAUUGGUGACAAUGCCUGUGGUCUUUCUUUAGGCUCUCGUUCAUCAUUUUCUUCAUCUUUCUUGUUAACCUUUUACCGUUCUUCUUACUCUUCUCUUCAUUUCCCCUCUUCAUACCUCACAUUCAGGACACGACAUGUAAGACUUUCCCUCCUAGAUACCUAUCCUUACCCCCUUCUCUCUUCUCGUCUGUUGCUCGUCGCGACGUCUCUUUUGUUGUUCUGAUUUUCCUAAGGCACAUUGUAAAUCAAAGCUUACUUCUACCCUUCAUAUGGUCACUCCUUGUUCAGUUAUCUUUUUGCCCCUUUUAACGUGAGGACCCCUAUAUACCCGUAGGUGCAGGAUGGCUGGCGGAGGUCCCGGGAGUUGGAUUUUGUAUGAGAUUGAUCCAUGGAAUUUAUAUAUAAUCGAAACAUGUUACUAUGUCCAACUGCCUUAAUUUAUUCAAGUUUGAUUCCCA